AGGCUAUAUAAGCUUAAUUAGUUCAAGCUAGAAGGAUAGCUCAUGUCUUAUAAAAAAUAUCCCAAGAGACGACAUGAGAAGGAACGAUAUGAGAAGGAACGUAAACAAAACAAACAUACUUUGGGCAACGUGGCGGCCCCAGGAACGGAUUUAACGUUAAUUCCUUAUCUCCUCUUUUCUCUCAUAUUUACCCUCCAGUCAUCCUCCAGCUCUCCAACAGGAAAGAUCUCAGGUAAGAUCCGACCCGACCCUACGGACUUACGACCUACAUACGUACAUACCCCAGCCUCGUCGCCUGCAUCUGCCUACAAGUACCUUUUAUAGCCUCGUCGUCUGCAUUUUAUAUAUAGUCCCUCCCCCAAAUUCUCAUAUUCACCUCCACCUCCACCUCCCCCCAUGCGUCGUCUCCUCCGCACCCUCUUCCACCUCCGCCGCCCAACCCCCGCAACAAUGACAGCAGCAUCCUCCGGUACCCUCGCCGGCGUCGCCUUAGCCACCUACACCGUCUCCGCCUCCGUCCCCAUCCAAGCCGCCGACGCGCCCACCGACGCGAAGAACAAAACCCACCACAACAAGAGCGGCAACGGCUUCAUAAACCCCUGGGAGAGCUGGAAGCCUCUUGCCCCCCUCCAAAUAGUCUCUAACAUCCUCUGGCGCCGCAUCUCCGGCAUAGCCAACAACCCCGUCCUCACGUCCCCCCUCACCGUGCAAACCCCCACCUUCCUCCCCUCCCGCACUGCCUCCACCGCUCUCCGCGCAACCUGGCUCGGCCACGCAUGCAUGUACCUCGAGUUCCCCUCCGGGCUCCGCGUCCUCCUCGACCCCGUCUUCGAGGAGCGCUGCUCCCCCGCCGGCUUCCCCGGUCCAAAACGGUACACGCCCACCCCCUGCGGCCUGGGCGACCUUCCGGUCGUCGACAUCGUCGUGAUCAGCCACUCGCACUACGACCACCUUUCGUACCCCUCCGUGAUGGAGCUCGCGAAGCUACAUCCCAAGGCGCUGUUCGCGGUGCCGCUAGGCUUGGAAUCGUGGUUUAGGGAUGCGGGGAUCCAGAGCGUGGUUGAGAUGGAUUGGUGGCAGGAAAUCGAUAUCACCCUCUCGCCUAACGCUGCGGAAGGGGUGAAGUGGGAAGUCACCGCUGCUGCUGCUGCGGGCACCCCGGCGGCGCAGAGUCCAGGGGGUCCGAUCACAGCGCGCAUCUCGUGUCUACCGUGCCAGCAUACGAGCGCGCGCACGCCGUUUGAUCAGGCGCGCACGCUGUGGGCGUCGUGGGCGAUUAAGUCGGGUGGGAAGUCUGUGUGGUUCGGUGGGGACACUGGGUACCGUACAGUCCCCAUGCUUCUCCCCACCGUGGACGACUAUAGCGCGCCGUACGCGGAUCUGCCGCGUUGUCCUGCAUUUAAGGAUAUUGGGAAGCUGAGGGGACCGUUUGAUUUGGGGCUGAUUCCGAUUGGGGCAUAUGACCCGAGGUAUUUGUUUAGUAGUAUGCAUGCGGAUCCGGCGGAUGCGGUUGAGAUUAUGAAGGAUACGGGGUGUAAGAGGGCGUUGGGGGUGCAUUGGGGGACGUGGGUGUUGACGGAGGAGGAUGGGGGGGCGCCGCCGAAGAGGUUGAAGGAGGUGUUGAGGGGGAAGGGAAUGCCGGAGGUGGGGGUGUUCGAUAUUUCGGAUGUUGGGGAGAGUAAGGAGUAUUGA